AUGAUUUCACCUGUUCGCCUAGUUCAACUGAGUAUUUUCUUGUUUUCGACUCAUUUGGUUAUAUGCAAACUGAAGUUUACCAACAUUAAGUGCGUUACCUUUGAUCCAGAGUUUGCCGUCUUUGACUAUUGCUUUUUAAAAUCAGUUAAUCGUACAUACAAGUACUAUUCCCUAAAAGUGAAAUUGCUAAAGACACCUGUUACCAACGUAAAAUCAAAAAUGUUUUCUCCUGUUCGUCUGAUUCAACUUAGUAUUUUUCUGUAUACAUUUCACCAAGUAAGAACAGCUUGCAAAUCCAAUACAAUAGAUGCCUGCAGGUUUUAUAAAAACCAAAAAUCGAAUCCAAUUGCCGGUUACCUUUACAGUUUAUUCAAAGACUACUCCAAUAUGAAUCAUUCUUGCCCCUACGACCACGAUAUCAUUGUGGAAAAGGUUUCUAUAAGUCAUCUUAAUACGCAAGUAACAGACGUUCUUCCAGUUCCCCAUGGGGACUACCUAUUUCACUCGAACUGGUAUGCCUACGAUAUCAUCCGUGCUACUGCGGACGUAUACGUCACAAUAUCCUAAUCCAAAAGGGUUAUCCUUAAAAUAUAUUGUACAGAAAAUAUUUUUCAUUCGGAACACUCCAGUUUAGUAAUUGCUAAUGGCACAUGAAUAUAUUAAGCAUAGACUUUAUUUAUAACAU